AUGCAGCCCAAAGCCACUGUGUACCCUCUGGCCAGGGCGGACUCCCCACAAGGCCGCCACUCUUUCGACUUCUCUAAGUCAGCCCUGUCAACCCAUAACGGCAGAUACAUUGAGCUUGACGACUUCACCUCGUUGAUGAAUCAGCUUCGCAAUGACAGAGGACAUGUGAGUUCUCCUAAAAAGAGAAGUCAGUUCAUCUAUAUCCCAAACACGCUAUGGACGCGUUCGUUUGCUAUCGCGGUCGUCCUUGAGACACUGGCUACAGUUGGGAUCGAAAGCUUGGUUUUUGUUAGGAUGUCGAAUCAGCUUGCUAAAAUUGACAAGGGCAGUGCAACGACGCGCAUUCGGUCAUUCCUUGGUCUCUACAUCUUCGCACUUCUCUACGAACUUGCGCUGUCAUACGAUGCUUUACGACGCAAGAACACCUUCCAACAAGCAGGUCUCUGCAUUUGCAAUCUUGGCCUUUUUACUUAUGGCGUCCUUCAAAUGAGAGAAAUUAAGAAUACUGUCAGGGAAGUGGUGGCCGACACCACGCGCAGCAUGAACAUUUUGGGGAUGCACCAGAUCGAACUUAUCCUGGUUCCGGUCCUUUUGGGUCUUGGUACUGCUGUCAUGAUACUUGUGACGUGGAAGCUUCGUGCAGAAUUCUCUUGGUCAAUCUACAAAGAUCUGAGCGCAGAUCUGCGAAUGAAUCGCCGAUAUACCGUUUACCAGGUCUACAUAAUGCUCCUUAAAUUCGAUUGGUUUUUCAUUUUUGCCACACAACUCCAGAUCCUGCUUUCCAUUCAGGAUCUCGAUAAUGAGGGGUUUGUGAUCAAUGCGGCCAUGGUGCCUGUUGCCAUCAUAGCUCUAUCCUUAUCAGCCCUGUUUUGUCGGCGAGAAAAGCCCAAAUCUCUAUUCAUGAUGAUGAUCUCCAUGGUUGCCAUUUUAACGACUAUCAUCAGAACCAUAGCUCAAAUGUACCGGUCGGAUGACAGUAGUAGUCUUGGCUCGUUCAAGACCUCCCUGACUUUAUUUGCUGCAAUUGCAACUUUGUUGAUCAUUUCAACCCUUGUCAACUCAGUUUGGUGUAUGAUGAACUUUCACAAAGGAUUGAAAGAUUACGUCGAACAACUUCGAGGCAGGAAGCCAGCCUCUUAUCCAUCAGGGCCUUGGAAUCCAGAGGUGAACUCACGCUUUGUACUCAACUAA